UUAUUUUUCUCUUUCAUUGUAUCCAUUUCUUCUGUCAUGUCGAACGAAUCAACCAUUCCAGCUCCUGACUUCGGACCAUCGAGGCUUGGUACUCAGAGCUACUGGGACUCAGUAUAUAACAGAGAGGUGGACAAUUACAAGGAUCAUGGGGAUAUUGGCGAGAUCUGGUUUGGCGAGGAUAGUGCCAUGAAGAUGGUCGAUUGGGUUGAAGAAAACUAUGACUCUGUAAAAGAAACUUGUUCAAUUUUAGAUCUAGGCUGUGGUAAUGGUCAUCUCCUCCUGGAUCUUGCAGAGCUCGGAUUCGAGGAUCUGACUGGAAUCGAUUAUUCACCUGCUGCGAUUCAACUGGCUCGUACCAUCGCGAAAGACAAAGAACUAGAUCAUAUCAUUAAAUAUGAGACGGUCGAUUUUUUAGCAGAGAAGGCAACACUUGAAUGGUGCACUCGACAACAGACUAGUGCUACUGAAGAAAAACAGCAGCCUAAAAAGUUUACAGUAUUGCUUGAUAAAGGAACUUAUGAUGCUAUUAGUCUGCACCAAAAGAAAAAACAAGAUAGUGCAGACGCCGCUACUGCUGCUGCUUCUCAGGUCGCUGUACAACAACAACAACAAGGGGAUGGACAGGGCCUAGAAAAUGAAAAUGAAGCAAGAUCAAUGGAAGGGGAGGAAGAAGAGGAUAUUAUACUGGCAGAAAAUGACAGUGACUUGGAGGAAUUGGCGGAUCGUUAUCCCAAGCGUGUUGCUUUGAUGAUGCAGGAUGAUGGACGGCUAUUGAUCACCUCUUGCAACUGGACACAGGCUGAACUGAUUAAGCGCUUUUCACAAUACUUCGAUUAUGAAUCGCAUCUCAAGUAUCCGACGUUUACUUUUGGUGGUGUCAAGGGUCAGACAAUUUCCAGUGUUAUCUUUAAAAAAAAAUCUUCGGCAUAGAGACGAUUUCAUAGAACUAAGAAUCUACACAUAUAAUGAACACAUUCUUGUAUUUCUGUAACUUUAAGUAGGUCAAAUAUGUCAAAAU